GAACUGCUGUCUCGUCACCAAAUUCGUUUACAAAAUAUUUGUGUUACGCAUUGCAUUCGUCGUGGUAAUACUUUGUUUUGUGGAAUGUAAGUCUCACAACUCUCUGCUAAUUAAGAGUAGUGCCGAAGCCUCCCCGCCGCCAUGCUUGCCUUGACGGAGAUCAUCGCCGGAGGAAUAGCGCAGUUGUUCAGUAUUUUCUUCACAUUAACCAUCGCGAGUCUACACUUCGCGAGGGGAGGAGAGUCGGUCAUAUAUGGAUGCUUCACUCUAUCCAUAUUCUGCCUCGCGGGAUGGAUUACCAACUGGUUUAAUUAUGUGAGACACGAAGUCAGCAGACAGUCACAGAGGCCAGCGUACAGGAGAGUGCUAGUUGUACUGCGCAAUUUUUUCCCAGGUUACAGCAUUUUGUCCUGGCACUUGGAGUGGCUGAGGUCACCUAGCAGCUGGAGUGCAGAGUACUGGGUGUCAGUCUUGAGGCUUUUCCAGGGCACUUUGGGCGAUUUGCCUCAAGCGAUGCUACAGACGUAUCUCAUCAUUCGCUUGUGGUGGGAAAAAAAUGUUGAAGUGUGGGACUUCAACAUGUUAAUUGGCCUGUCCUCUGUGUCUGUUUCGAUGGUCGUGUUUUCCGUCUGCAGUUAUAUCAGGAAGGAAUAUUUUGAAGAGGAGCAUCGUGUACCUAAGAACAAAGAUUUCCUGGUGGUUGUUAUAGCUACGAUACUGAAUCUAGGUGGUCGUGUAACUUCACUAGCGAUGGUGGGAAACGUAUUCAGCGCCUGGUGGAUGACGGGAGGCUUCGCUUUCAUCUUAUCCUUCAAUUAUUUCAUGAGCAUUUACGCCAGAGGAAAGGGGGGCGAGGUGUCAUGCGCGGAAAAGAUCUUCUACCCAAUCCCAAUAGCUUUCCUCUACGCACUGUCUAUGACGAGAAAAAAAGGCCUAAUGAUACUGAAUACCAUUUUCUGGAUAUGUUUGUCUCUGCCUCAGGUAGCUUUGUAUAACGAGAGGCUUCUACAGUGGGUUUUAUUCGGAGUGCCCUUUCUGGCGCAGGUCGUCGCUCUUUUAAUUCUCCUGUGCAAGUGGAGGGUCGUCGAAGUCGCUUUCCGGAGGUUCGAGAGGCUUCAGCAAAGGCCAGUGAAUGAAAGAAUAAGGAGAGGAAGAGAGAUAGGACAGGAGAGAGAAAAGACAAAUGAAAUAGAGAGAGAGAAAAAACAGUUAAUAAAAAAAGAAGGAGAGACGAAAGACAGUACAUGAAAAAAGAAAGAGAAGAGACAAUUCAUGAAAAAGAGAGAACAGACAAUGGGUGGAAACGGGAGAGAGAAAAGACUUCCCAAAAGUCUUACAAAGGAUGGGAGAAGAAAGAAAAUAAGCGAAAAAUGCACAAAACCACCACUAAAUACGGGGAAAAUUUUAUUCCAUUUAAUAACUUGCUUAAUUUCUGAGAUGUGUUCUUUUUUUGUCGAUGUUUUAGCUAGCACAUUAUAUUUGGAGAAAGAAUUCAUCCGCAUUUUACUUUAUCUUUUUUUAGAUAUUUCUAGUGUAUAGGUAUUUUCUUUUCCCUUUUAAUUAGUCUAAGUGUUUUCGUGUUCCUGUUCUGUUUUGUUUUUUGUUUUUUGUUUGUUGUCAUUAUUGUUAUCAUUGUUAUGGUCAUUAUAUUAAUGAUUAUUAUUUAUUAGCAAUAAAGUUAUUAUUACCCUG